AUGGGUUGUGCUGAAUGCGAGCUUCUCAAAUCAUUAAAGUUUCACAGACACAUUGAAUCACUUAUCGGUAUUGAUAUAAAUGAGUCUUUACUUCAAUCAAAUCAGAACUCACUCCAACCACUCAUCACUGAUUAUCUACAUAGACGCAGUAGACCAUUGAAAAUACAAUUAUUUAAAGGCUCUAUUGAUGAAGCAGACUCUAGAAUGAUGGACUGUGAUCUAUUCUCAUGCAUUGAAGUUAUUGAGCAUUUGUAUCCCUCAGUUCUUGAGAGGGUUCCAGCUGCAAUAUUUCAAAAGCUAAGACCUCAAGCUGUUAUCAUAUCAACACCAAAUUCAGACUUUAAUGUACUCUUCCCUGAGUUUGUUGGCUUCAGACAUUUUGAUCACAAAUUUGAAUGGAGCAGACAAGAGUUUCAAGCAUGGUGUUUCAGUAUUUGCUGCCUGUACCAUUAUGAGGUUGAAUUCAGUGGAGUAGGAGACCCACCUGCCAACAUGACAUAUCUAGGACACUGUUCACAAAUAGCCAUCUUUAGAAGAAUAGAGAAAGAGGAGGAGGAGGAGAGAGAAGAAGAUGAAGAAGAUGAUAGUAAUGAGGAAAAAGAGGAGGAGAGAUUAGGGAGCCCAUAUGAACUGAUCUACGAGUGUGAGUUUCCAUAUGAACCAGAUCCACCCACUCAAUCAGAGAGGCUCUCCAACGAGGCAGAGUAUUACCUACGAGUACUAGUGAGGAGAGAGAGGAACAGAUACCUUGAGAUUGGAGGGGAACCGACUAUAGAGAAUGGCAGUCAUGAAAACUCUGGUCUCACAGAGUCCCCAAGACAUCGUGACUUCAUUAGGAUAGAACUCAAUGAGUUAUUAAUGUUUCCAGUAAUACAGGAACUGACCAAUAGUGUUACUGACAUCAGUGAGGCACUGAGACAACAUUCCAGUUUAAUACUAUCAGAGGAUUCAAUGAAUGCUAUAUUUUAUGAAGAGAGCAGCAGCGAAGAGGAGGAGGAGGAGGAGGAGAGAGAGGGAGCACCUCCUAGUGACACUCCAGCUGCUGUCACUGAAGAAGAAUCAUGGGACUAGAGCAUAAUAUAACCAUAAUGUAUAUGUAUGUAUUUUAUUUUAAACUGUACAUAAUAAUAAUAAUAGAUAGAUAGAUAGAUAGAUAGAUAGAAGCAAGAAUAUGUAAAUAUUACAUAUAUUCUUGGUAAGUUAAUAGUAUCUGUUGAAAUGUAUUACCGGUAAAUUAAUUUUGCUCAUUCCUCCUCUAUGGUCAGUA